UCUAGAUUUUGCGAAGCUGCCCGGAGGGUUCACUGGACAACUGGACGAUUGAUGAUCGAAAAUGACGUCUGACAAGUGAUGAUCUAACCUCUCUCGUUUUAUAUAUUUUAUAUUGCAUUUAUCGCGGUGCAAUAUCCCUUAUUAAGGCUACCAUGGACGACGAUGUAGCCGCUCUGCAGAAUCUGGAACAACUUAUGACCGAGUUCUUCUCCCCGGAAACGACGAAUGAAAGGAAACGCACGAUCGAGCGCACCUUUCAAGAGUUUGCCGGGCAGAUUGACUCCUGGAAACCAUGCCUACACUUCUUGUCGUCUACAAGCAACCAUUACGUCAGCAUGUUUGCCUUGUCUACCUUGGAGUCUGAAUUAUUCAACAGACAACUAUCAGCAGGCGAUGGCCCAUUCUCCCAUGGGAAGACAGGGCUCUUACAAGAUCCACUUUGUACACACUAUCGCUCGAAAGAGACGUCGCGUCUUUUGUAAGAAACAAAGUAGUAAAACUGGUGGUAGACAUAGCAAGACAUGACUGGCCACAUUUCUAUCCAGAUUUUUAUUCCAAUAUUUUACAGCUGUUAAGCCAUAAGCACACAAGACUGCUGGGACUCGUGUAUUUAAGAACAGCUUCAGAAGAACUUGCCACACCAAGAGAGGAUUUACCAAUGCAUAGGAAAAGCGAGUUGUUCAGAUUAUUAAGUGCACAAGUGCCUCUGACUUUAGAUACACUUACAGUUCUUCUGAAAGAGACUACGAAAUUGCAAAGUCGUUCUGGGACUGUGACGCCACCUCCAUCACCUACCAGUGGACAAAGUCUCGCGCCAGCACGUGCAAUGUUGGAUGUUGAAGGAUUAGCGACGGGCACUAGCGAGGUCUGCACGGCUACUCUUGAAGUUUUGGCACAUCUCUUUAGUUGGAUAGAUGUAUCGGCCAACAUUUCCAGUAAUUUAUUGGACGCCAUUUUUUCAUGUGCCAAGUACCAUGAUGCAAUGAAUGGCAAGCAAAUUGAAAUGGCCGUUCAAGCUUUGACUACUGUCAACGAGCUUUUAUACAGACCGCUUUGUUCACCCGACGCAACCGAUACAUUGUUACUGGAGAUAUUUCAGAAUGGCGUUGGCUUAUUUCAGUUGAUGGAACGUUUGGAUUCAGUAGAGGAGAGUUACAUGGAGAAAAUGACGGAGUUUUUACAAUUAUUUAUAACGAAUCAUAUGAAAAGGAUGGAAUCAAGUUCAAAGUUUCCAGUAAACACAUUACUGGAAGUACUGUGCCAUCAUACAUUCCAGCAAGCUUCUACCGUGAAUGGGUACUUGCGUUGCCUAGAUGUCUGGACUACUCUUUUGGAGAGCACUCAGUCGCGAUACUCCGCUGUCGCCUUAGCCCUCGCUGAACGGAUUUUACAAAAAAUGAGUUUUAAAUUUAACGCACGGGUAUUGAGGGAUCUUGACACAGAAAGUUUAGAUGAGAAUGAAGAGACAGAAUGGCAGCAUUUUUUGAGAUGCAAUAUAGAAUGUUUGGCAAAAAUUGCUGAUAUUUCACCUAUUCCAAUAUUUACAUUAUUGUAUCGUUCGUGGAGAGAAGAGUUAAUCAUAUUUGGUGAACUAGGCGCGGCAGUUGUCAAUGGCCGAGUCAUUUUAUUAAAUGAUACGGAAGCAUCGAAUGUGCACGCGCAUCUGAGAGAUCUCGCGUCAACUACACAAGCUUUAACUAGGCUAUAUUCACUUUUCAUUGGAGACCAAACAAAUAUCGAUCAAGCGUUAGCCGAGGAAGUUAUAUCGCAAACUUUGGAUGCAUGUAUGUUCGCGAGAGAUAAUCAGCUGUAUAAAGCGGCGAUUCAACCAGCCGCUAUCGUAAUAGAUCUUAUAGAGGUACAUUCACAGCUUUUGGCAUCUCUUCAAGCAUGGUGUCAUUGGAUAGCCAGACGAACGGAGAAGGCUAAGGAGACACUUUGUCAACGUUGCAUCGAUUCGUGUAUCUGGGCAACGACAUAUAACGCGUCUUGCGACCAUUUACCUCCUCCAAAUCUCAUCCAUUCCGCCAUUCACCUCUUUCAAAGUAUCACCGCCAUUUUAAAACCCAUCUUAUGGGACCAACUGACUUUCAGGAAUCUAAUUUCCAUAGGCACGUAUCCAUACUUGAAACCGGAUACGAUUAAGGUUUUGCGUAGGGCAUUGAUAAAUGGGAUUAUAUUACCACCCGGUGAUGCAGCGAUGAGGCAAAGGUUGUUAGGUACUAUGAUAUUGGCUCUCUCAGCGCCUUUGGGUAUGCAAGGACAACCAGUGCCUUCAGAAUCAACAAUUUCAAUUACGAUAAUGCCAUUGACUCAACUGUUAGAAGACUGCGCAUCAUCGUCUACAACUAUUAAAAAGAUGCUGCACUCGUGUCUAGAAUCAAUCAUAAAUAGGACAUUAGAGUUAUUGUCGUAUGUGAUAAGAUGCCAAAGUAUAUGUGAAGUGUUACUUAGCUUUCUACACUCGGCAUUUUCAGUAUUACAACAACAAUUGGGUCCUGAAUUUAUGCAAAAUGCAGUUCAAGGCAUGUUGCAACUUUAUACCAGAGAAAAUAUUUCUGCUGGUCCUGCGCUGGACCAGUUGCUGGAAAUUUUGAUACUCGUCGUAUCAGCACCCAGCAAUGCAUUUAAAGCAUUCGUACCUUCGGUAACGAAUCUAUGUUUAGGUCAAGUAUGGCCUGCUGUUGGGAGCAACCUAAGUGCCCAUCCAGACACGACAUUAGUUUUAUUAAAACUUUUUCAUAGUAUUCUUAUGCAUCGUUGGCAAUAUUUCUAUAAUACCUCGGUAUUGCGGACUCUUGGACAUCCUGAAGAAGACGAGCCUGUUAAACAUAAAGAAGAAUUAGUAGCAAUUUUAGAAGCGUUUGGUCAAGCUCUGCUUCAAUCAGAUGUCAAUAUAUUCCGACAAAGCUUGCAAAGUCUCGAGCAGUUAAAUAUUAGAUGGCGACUUUAUCAACGUGCCGUAUUCAAGGUUCAUCUUCUUGAGAGAUUUCUGAUGGCAUUGUUCACAGUUUUAUUUCAACAAUCUCACAAUUUAUUGGCGGAUGAGAUAGCCGCGGCCAUUCACAGUCUAGCAUCUGUUAACAUUGGAUGGUUUUUCAGCCACUUUUUGCCAACGUUUUUGGCAACUUGUGAAGGCGUAGACGAUAUGCAGAGAGCCACUUUACUGGGAAAUUUCGACAAAUCCACGGAUCAACCGACUUUGACUAGAUCAGUGCUACAGCUCAUUUCAGACUUAAGAUGUUACCAACUUUGCAGACCAGGCUGAAGCGCGAGUUUGCGGCCACGAAAAUAUUCCAUAUACACAUAAGACUUCUACAAUGGCAUUUAAAUGAAAUCAACAUUUCCACCGAAUCUCUCCUAUGAGUGCCUCUAAAUACAGAUACGAGAGACGUUAACCAUAAUGAAACGGAAAAAAGACAAACCUUUUAUAAAUAUUUACCAUUCUGUGUAUACCACUGCCGCAUCAUCCUUUUAUGAUAUAAUGUUGUAAAUGUUAUUACAAAUAAAACGCGUCUUUUUAUAUGUCUA